ACAGAUGCGAGGACCAUCUGUAAUUUUCAUUCUGUUUGUUUCUACCGUAAGCCACGAUUUUGGUGUACACACUGCGAUUACUGUAAGUGCACGUACAAGACUAAACUUAGUGAGCCGUCGUAAUAUGUUGAAUUUACAGACAUGCGUUGUGAUCACUGUGUUCAACAACAGACAUAUUAAAAGUGAUUGAAGUGACUACAGUAUACAUCAGAUCCUUGUUUGGUACAAUUUGGAGCAGCCGUCAAGUGUCUCUCUGAAAAGACUGAAGGUGUGGGAGAGAGAGAGAGAGAGAUCGAGUGCGUAUAAGAGUAACAGUGAUGUCAAUUGUGACAUCCUGUUGUACGGAGAAGCCUGAUUGCCAAAUAAGUUCCAGUCCUACAACUGAAUACGCAGCCGUUUAGACUUUGUGACAGAAAGACAAUAAGUUGGCGAGGGUGGAGGGAGAUAUAGAAUGGAUCCUUAAAUCACUAUGCAUUUCUGAUUUUGUCAAUUUCCACGCCUUCGUUCGGACUGAUAUGCUCCACUUUCUUCUAUUUUUUUGGAACAGGCGAUUAACAGAGAUAAUAUCAUGGACUUGGGGAUGGGCGGCGAGAAGGGCAGUGGAGAAGUCCAAUACGGCUCUGGUUUCCAGUCUGGUCGAAGCGGGCAAACCGUCACCUACCUGGGCAAAUUUGCAUUUGACACCCCUCCAUCCGGCAGCAUCGGAGGCUCCGGCUGGUGUCCCGACAACAACAUCAUCAGUCUGGUGAGUGCGGGAAUCCUGGGGGUGUCACCGUCACCUGGCAACAUCACCACCCAGACGUCUUCAUCAAGCGGCAGCAUGGGUGGCCAGUCGUCAGACAUGGAGCAAGUAUACGCACCACCCCUUCCUGCCUACUCCACCUGUGGCGAGAUAUACCCAGAACAGGUGACGUUCCACCACAGCCCGGCCACGUCCUCGUCUCUUCCCUACCCGGGCUCUGACUACCACACAACCUCCAAACCAGGCAUGGACGGAAGUCUCUUUUCCAUGAUCCCAGACUACAACCUCUUCCAUCACCAGGGGGACGUAGGGGUGAUGGAGCAUAAACCCUUCCAAACCAUGGACCCUAUUAGAGUCAACCCACCUCCCAUAACUCCCCUCGAGACCAUUCGAGCCUUUAAGGAUAAGCAACAGAUCCAUCCCAGCUUUCUCGGUGGGCAACAGCACGUUUCCCAACAUCAUCAACCCUCUCAGACACUCGCCCUCAAACCCAUUCGUCCAAGAAAGUACCCCAACCGGCCGAGCAAAACUCCCGUACACGAGCGACCGCACGCCUGUCCGGCGGAGAACUGCGACCGUCGCUUUUCGCGUUCAGAUGAAUUGACGCGUCACCUGCGCAUCCACACGGGACACAAACCCUUCCAGUGCCGCAUCUGCAUGCGGUCCUUCAGUCGCAGCGACCAUCUAACCACGCACAUCCGCACACACACCGGCGAGAAGCCCUUCUCUUGCGAGUUCUGCGGACGCAAGUUUGCGCGGAGCGACGAGCGAAAGAGGCACGCCAAGGUGCACCUGAAACAGAAAGACAAGAAACCCACGGACAAGGGCAGUAGUGCUGGGGCAGGGGGGAGCCACACCUCUCCUCCCAGCUCCUGUGGGAGCGCGGGACCCAGCAGUGCCAAUAUCAUGACCGUCACCACUUGUGCAUGAGAUGGACUUGCAAAGUAAGACUUUAAGGAGAAAAAAAGAAGCUUUCUUUCUCCUCUUAUAUACACACUUGACUCUUAUACUGGCUCCCUCUCACUAUAUCCAUCCGUUUCCUACGGUUUUCAUUGAUUGCGGUGGCACUUUUCUGUAGCCACUAUUGUUUUAGGUGAAAUGAGUGGGGAGUAAGUGGACUUAUGUUGCAUGGAUGGGACGGAGAGGGCGUCAAAGACGAUGGUUCAAGCAGUCAGGUCAAUCCCCAGAAAGAGCACUUGCAGACACAGCGCAGUCAUAAGGGUUCAACUCUCAGCUCUGGGGACCAGAGAUUUAAGUCUUUUUUCCCCCACCUUGUAUUUUGGUUUGUCAGUGAGUUGUCAGAUAAAAAGUGCACUUUCAUUUGCUUAAUGUGUUGCAGUCUUUUAAAUGAUUGUUAAUUAUUUAAUGUUUCUGUGUUGUUGUUGUUUUUCAGCAAAAUGUGCCAAAUGCAUUUAAAUACAGCAGACAAUAAAAAAAACAUAUAUAUUGUUUGUAUUAACCUAAUAACUUGAUUUCAAACGUUGAUUUGGGGAAAACCUACAAGCUCUGAAGGCUCAAGGAGAUUGAGUUCAGGUGGACAUUAAAGGUCUGUUGCAUAAUGCAGUUGCGUUCUUUUACUAUUUCCAAAUCCCUUAUAUACAAGUGAGGGAUGCAGAUGGCAUUUGUUAUCCGCAACGGACUUUCAGUGCAAUAAAAAAUGAAAAACAACAACAACGACGACAAUAAAAUACAGUCUGGCUCACUCUCACAAGUUUGCUUUCUACAGUAGGGAUUGAAAUUAAGACACAGUUGUGGCCUUUACCGGUUUCGCUUCUUUUAGUGCGCAUAAGGGCCAAACCUGCAGUUGUGCAUACCUACUUCUGGUAGAGUGAGAUACGGUGAUCCGAUCCAAAUAUUUUGCCUUUCUGCUGCCUGUAUCCCUGCAUGCAUCUAGUAUCACGUCUUUGCUAGUACUAAAAAGAUUACAUCAGUCAUGACUGAAGACCCACAGCAAUAUGCAUCCAGUUCAAACCAUGUGUCAACAAGAGUUACUAUUUUCUUUGUGUGACAAUUGUCCUUUUGUUGUCUUUAUUGUCAUUUGUUUUACUGGACAGUUGCAUUUCCAGCUUUCAUCAUCCAAUAAUUUUCAUUGGGUCCCUUUUUAUGCACAUUAUAUAUUCAGCACGCAUUUUAACACACAUGUACACACGGUUUUCAAAAAUUAAAUCAGCCAAAAUUAUGGUAAUGCUUGCCUGCGAGCAUCACCGCUGGGCAGGAAUGAUCUUAGGAGUCAUUGUUUUGCAUUUUUACUGCCUGCUAUAUGCAUGCCAUUCAAGAUGUUUUUGGAUGGGAACGGUUUCAACAUUUAUACUGCUCUCAGGGGCAGCACCGUAAUGUGGUAUAUCUCCACGGUUCCUCUUAUCCGGAUCAUGCCUAGAGAUUCUGAAUAUUAAUGACGAGAACGAGAGGGGGUUUUGUACAGAUAAUUAUACAAACAUAUUACUACAUGUUUUCUACUUGGAAUGUACAAAGCAAUGUCCUUCAGUAUUACGAUGUUGGUCCGUGCACGUGUGUGUGUGUGUGCAUUUGUACACGUGUAUGCUAAUGCAUACGCAAACACCCGCAUACUUAGAUUUUACAUUGACUGAAUGUGGAAAAGAAGGGUGUGUUUACAUUUCUGUUUCCUUUCUUUCUUUCUUCUGUUUUUGAGAUCGUGAUUGUGUACACAGUGCAGAAUGUUUUGUAAGUGUGUGUGCGUGUGUGUGCGCAAGAAAAUGUGACUAUUGACAGUGUCAAAUGUGAUGCAUUCUCCGGGAUUUCUCAAAUAUGAUCUGUUAUUAGCGCAAUUUUGCAAAUGAUGACUUGCGGACACACUGAAUGAUGUGUUUAAUAAAUGAAUAAACAGUAAGAUUAUUUGGUGAAAAACUCCAAGCAAAAA